AUGGUGAAGAUCGAUUUGAGUGAUGAAUCAGAGUUUAGCCAUGAGCUUAGCAUGGAGCAUGAGCCAUCUGAUGAGCCGAUGAUGAUAGUAUCAUCGACUAUUACCGCCACGACAAUUGCAUCUACUAGAGCUGCUCGAACAAGCACAGGAACGAUUCCACAAUUAACAACAAAUAAAGAAUCAUUAAAAGAUGCGGUGGUAAAUUUUGUUGGUGAUAAAGCUAAAACACUUUCUGAUAUUACUCGGAAAAAAAUGAUGGCAAAAACUGGUUUAUCAGAAUGGGUUUUCGUUUUUUUUGGCAUAAUUUGCCUUGCAUUAAUUUUGUGCUGUGCAUUCUUUCUGAUACGCAAAUUAUUUGGAAAGAAACGACAUGGCGAAAAAAAACAAAAAGGAUUGAAAGGAUUUUUUGGUGGAAAAGGCGCUGAUCUUAUCACUAUUGAUAAAAAUAAGUUGACAACGGAUUUAGAACAAUUGGAAGAAAAUAUGGAACAAAAUGAGAAAGAGCAAGCAGAGGAAAAAGAAGAAGUAAAACUUGGAAGAUUACAGUAUAAGCUCGACUAUGACUUUCAACAAAAUCAGUUAGCUGUGACAGUGAUACAAGCCGAGGAUUUACCAGGAAUGGAUAUGAGUGGAACAUCAGAUCCUUAUGUGAAAUUAUAUCUUUUACCGGAAAAAAAGAAGAAAGUGGAGACGAAAGUACAUCGUAAAACUCUCAAUCCUGUUUUUAAUGAAACAUUUAUAUUCAAGGUACCAUUUGUUGAAAUAGCAUCAAAAACAUUGGUUUUUGCUGUUUAUGAUUUUGAUCGUUUCUCGAAACAUGAUCAAAUUGGCCAAGUGUUGAUACCACUUGGUAAAAUAGAUCUUGGCCAAGUGAUUGAGGAAUGGAAAGAUAUUGCACCACCACCUGAUGAUAAAGAAGCAGAUAAAAGUUUGGGCGAUAUUUGCUUUUCAUUGAGGUAUGUACCAACAGCUGGUAAGCUUACGGUUGUUAUCUUGGAAGCAAAGAAUUUGAAAAAAAUGGAUGUUGGUGGAUUAUCAGAUCCAUAUGUGAAAAUAGUAUUGCUACAAGGUGGAAAAAGAUUGAAAAAGAAGAAAACAAGCAUUAAAAAAUGUACUCUAAAUCCUUACUACAAUGAAUCAUUCUCAUUUGAAGUACCAUUCGAGCAAAUUCAGAAGGUAUCAUUAAUGAUAACUGUGAUGGAUUAUGAUAAGCUUGGCUCUAAUGAUGCAAUUGGCCGUUGUAUACUAGGCUGUUCAGCAACAGGUGCCGAAUUACGACAUUGGAUGGAUAUGUUAGCCAGUCCACGUAGACCUAUUGCUCAAUGGCAUACUUUAGGACCUGUAGAAGAGCCUGAAAAAUCUUAA